AUGUCUCUUCUCCGUGCCAACUUCCCCGGCUCUGGCGACUUCGCCUCUCUCUUUCGUCUUCUUGACGAGUACGAUGACCACCGCUCUGCCCGCAACCAGCCUGCGGUUCGCUCGUUCUCCCCUCGCUUUGACAUCCGUGAGAGUGAAGAGGCGUAUCAUUUUGAUGGCGAACUGCCUGGCAUCGAUCAAAAGGACACCGAUAUUGAGUUCUCCGACCCCCAGACCCUGGUUGUCAAGGGCCGCACCGAACGCCAGUACCACAGCUCCGAGCCACCAGCCGAGGCCAAGGAAGGCACUAAGGACACCGACGAAAACAAGCCCACUCACCGGUUCUGGGCCAGCGAGCGCUCAAUCGGCGAGUUCCAGCGCGUCUUCUCCUUCCCUACUCCUGUCGACCAGCACAAUUCUGAACACGGCAUCCUGUCCAUUGAGGUACUCAAGGCCACUGCUGCUACUUCCAAGAAGAUCACCAUUGAGUGA